CCUAGGGACCCUGAAUCGAAGGUCCGAACCCCCAUUGUCACCCUCUGCCCUAUCCCUGCCCUUCUCAGGCUCUUGAGACCGAGAAUGAGCAACAUGCAGCCCGCGGGGGUUGAGGGUCCCCGCGCGCUCGGCCUGCGGCCUCUCGGGCACUGGCUGUGCCUGCUGGGGAUGCUGCUUCUGGUUCCGCCUCUGUGGGUAACCUGCACCCAGACCACUCCGAGCUCCCCCAGCGUUCUGACCACGCCGGGGGCCUCCAGGACCAAUACCACUGCAGGCACUCCCAACGCCUCCACCACACCGGGCGCAACCAGUGACCCUCGCCUUCGAGAGCAAGCCCGGGCCCUGAUGCGAGCCUUCCCGCUUGUGGACGGCCAUAACGACCUGCCUCUGCUCCUGAGAGAACGUUUCCAGAACAAGCUGCAGGAUGUGAAUCUGCGCAAUUUCACCAAUGGCCAGACCAGCUUGGAUAGGCUUCGAGAUGGCCUUGUUGGUGCCCAGUUCUGGUCAGCCUACAUCCCAUGCCAAACCCAGGACCGGGAUGCUGUGCGCCUUGCCCUGGAACAGAUCGACCUCAUUCACCGAAUGUGCGCUGCUUACCCUGAGCUGGAGCUUGUGACCUCGACUAAAGGUCUGAAGAACACUCAGAAGCUGGCCUGCCUCGUCGGUGUAGAAGGAGGUCACUCACUGGACACUAGCCUCUCGGUGUUGCGCAGUUUCUACCAGCUCGGAGUGCGUUACCUGACGCUCACCUUCACCUGCAGCACACCCUGGGCAGAGAGUGCCACAAAGUUGAGACACACCUUCUACACUAACAUCAGCGGCUUGACAAGCUUUGGUGAGAAAGUGGUCGAAGAAAUGAACCGCCUGGGCAUGAUGAUAGACUUGUCUCAUGCCUCAGACACCUUAGUGAAGCGGACCCUGCAGGUGUCUCAGGCUCCUGUGAUCUUCUCCCACUCAGCAGCUAGAGCUGUGUGCGACAGUUUGCUGAAUGUUCCUGAUGACAUCCUGCAGCUUCUGAAAAAGAAUGGUGGCAUCGUGAUGGUGACACUGUCCAUGGGGGUGCUGCAGUGCAGUCUGCUUGCUAAUGUGUCCACUGUGGCAGAUCAUUUUGAUCACAUCAAGACAGUCAUUGGCUCUGAGUUCAUUGGGAUUGGUGGAAACUAUGAUGGAUCUGGAAGGUUCCCUCAGGGGCUGGAGGACGUGUCUACAUACCCAGUGCUCAUCGAGGAGUUGCUGAGGCGGGGCUGGAGUGAACAGGAGCUGCAAGGUGUCCUUCGAGGAAACCUGCUUCGGGUCUUCGGACAGGUGGAACAGGUGAGAGAAAAGAGCAGGGGGCAGAGCCCUGUGGAGGUCAAGUUUCCAGACAGGCAGCUGAGUAGCACCUGCCACUCCCACCUCCAACCUCAGCCCCAGGAAAAACACCAGAACACAUACUUGAAGGUGACCAAGCGGCCACCUAAUCAGGUCCUUCGGAAGUUCUCCAAAGCCCCGCCAUGUCCCCUUCCAGGCCUCAUAGCGACUAUCACUUCCCUAACCCUCAUCCUUUGGUUUGGGUGAUCUGGCCACAGGCCUGGCUCACCCCCACCCCCACCAGCAGGAACAGCUCUCCGGUGCUGCCCUGGAGAGGUGCAGGGCCUGCUCUCCAGAAUGGUGCAGUUGGUGUGGACCCAGAUCCCAGGCAUCCACACUGCCAUCGACGGCAACAGGAGCCUCAGAUAG